GAGGGAGGUGGGCUGCUAUUUUUAUCUUUCAUUCAGCCAGGCCCAAACCAGCGAGAAAAGAACCCCCUUCUCUCUCUUUCAGAUCUCUCCAGAAGGCGAUCACCCCUUCUGGAUCUGGUUUAAGAAACUUCUGGAGGUCCGACCACAGCAUUAAGACCAGGAGAGACCGCCAGGUUGGAGGAGGAUAUCUGAACAAGACAGUGAAGGUGAAGAAGUCACACAAACCCAACAGACCAACAUGGCUCUGCUGUGCUACAACAAAGGCUGUGGACUGAAUUUUGACGCUGACAAGAACAAGGACGAUUCCUGCCUCUUCCAUCCAGGUGUCCCCAUCUUCCACGAUGCUCUGAAGGGUUGGUCCUGCUGUAAGAAAAGGACGACCGACUUCUCAGAGUUUCUCUCCAUCAAGGGCUGCACCCGCGGACUCCACAGCAACGAGAAACCCCAGGAGCCUUUGCGGCCGGAUGUGUCAUCAGAUAAGGGCGGGAUUAAACACACCAACGACCAAGAGAUAAUCUACCAGGGACCCAAAUCUGCUGAGAAACUGCAGAAAGAGAGGCCCAGUUCAGACAAGCCUAAGACCAAGCUGCCCCACAAAGUGUCUGCAUCACUGGCUCAGGUGCUGGAGAAACUGGACAUGAGCAAGAGAGUUGAGAAAGAAAAGCAAGAGAGUCAGACAGUCAUAUCUGGGACCCGAUGCAAGAACACAGGAUGCAAAACAGUCUAUCAAGGCCCAGAGACGAACAUGGAGGUCUGCAUCCACCACCCCGGAGCACCCGUCUUCCACGAGGGAUAUAAGUACUGGAGCUGCUGCUGCAUAAAGACAACAGAUUUCAACGCUUUCCUCGACCAGAAGGGCUGCACCACAGGGAAACACCGCUGGACCGCAAAGCAGGACAAAAAGAAAGUGGCAUGUCGACAUGACUGGCACCAGACAGGAAAUAAUGUCGUCAUAACGAUUUACGCCAAGAACACAAACCCAGAAUUGUCCUGCGUAGAAGGCAACCAGACAGUGCUCUCAUGUCAAAUCCAGUUUGAGGACAAUAAGAUUUUCAAGAGAGACUUCCACCUCUGGGGCGUGAUCAAUGUCAAACAGAGCUCGGUCAACAUGGUCCCAUCUAAAGUGGAGAUCACCCUCCGCAAGGCCGACCAGGUGGCCUGGGGCAAACUGGAGGACCCCAACCACAAACCUGAGCCCGAGCCUGUAGAGGACACCGAAACCACAGAGUCCUACCAGCCCGACUGGGACAUCGACGACGACGACAUCAGCGACUCGGACGAGGAGUGGGCCUACAGCACGCCGCCGAAGGAUAAAACAGAGGAGGAGAAGGAAAAAGAAGCGCAGAAGAAGAAGGAUGAAGAGAUCCAGAAUUUAAAGAGGAAGGAGGUGGAGGAGGAGAUGAAGAGGGCGAUGGAGGAGAGGAAGAGGGCAGAGGAGGAGAGGAAGCUGGAGGAGGAGAGAAGACAGGAGGAGGAGGGAGGAGGAUACGAAGACAUGCCAGAGCUCGAGUAACUCCUCCAAAAAACACUGAUUUGCAUUAAAUAGAAGGUAGAAAAAAAGUUUAAUUGAAAUAGAUUUUUGUAAUGAAGCAAAUUAAAUGUUUAUUCCGGAAAUGAUUAAAUUCCAACUCUGUAUUAGGGGUCAAGUCUCUUGAAGCAUUGAGUUACUUACUUACAUCUUUGGUCAACAAACUCACUGGAUCCUUUUUUUAAAAUUUAAUGAUAAAGCUUGAGUUUUUUCCUCUUAAAAUGUGUUUAGAUACUCAGACGCAACUGGAUGCAACUUCAAGAAGAAGAAGAAAUAAAGACUGUUCAAGGUUUAAA